AAGUACCGAAGAGUUGAAGAGUGGUCGGGAAAUGCAAUUUAGAACUCUCUUUGUUUCUGAAGCAACCAAAUAUGAAAAAGUACAAGCUGGUUAUAUGAUACCAGUCUCUUUAUCACACACAUUUGAUUCGAUUUGCUCUCAUCAUGGUGAUAUCUUCAAAAAUUGCUUCAUUAAAAGGAAGGAUACACGAAGCCUUUUGAUAGUUCAAAUGUGUAAGAUAGUUCAGCAGAUUCGAUCUACCAAUUAUGAAAAUAUUUCUGAAGCCAUGAUCGCUGAAUGGGAUGAGGCUUGCUCAGAUCACAAUUCCAUGAAAAUUGAGAAUGAAUGGCUAAUGAGAUCAGUCAAGGAACUCAAAAAUUGUUUGAAGGAGAAAAUGACAGCCAAAAUGGAGAUCUUGAAAUUGGAAAACAGAGUAAAAGAGAAGAUUAAAAAUGAGAUCAGAAAGAUAAGACUUGAUGAUGAUGAAACCAUUAUCUUCUAAGAGGAGAAAGCUCG